GUUCACUUGGGAAGAGCGCAUGAAGUGAUUCCAGACCCAACCUUCGCCCCUGACGCUGAUUUAGGAAUUGGAUGUAUGAACUGGGGUAGUGAGGAUUUCCUUCACGGAAAGUGGACUUUCGUUAAAAAUGAACUUGCCGGCGCUUUAACAGCAAAGGGAAACAAAAAAAAAAAACCCUCGGUUCUCUAAAGGCGACGAAGUGUUUUCUUUUGGGUGAAGAUGAAGCGGAUAACAGGAAAGACGAAAGAUGCCACGCUUCUCGAGAUGACAAACAAAGCGGACGCUCAUGUGGAAGAUGGCUUUGCAGUGUUGACAGGUUACAGGAAGACCUUUCUCGCAGACAAUAAUGGCAGUCUACUCUCCGCAUCAGACAAAGGGACACAACUGCCAGGCCAUCGGGAGAUUAAUAAGCUGCUGCAGAACGGUGACUCGGUGUAUUUCAGAGAUGGCAUACGACGUAUCGAUUUUGUCCUGUCCUACACUGACGACAAAGAUGGAGACAAGAAAGCGGAUAGGAGAAGAGAGUUUGAAGCCAACCUUGAGAAGGCAGGUCUGGAGCUGGAGACAGAGGAUAAAAUGGACUCGGAUGACCAUAAGACAUACUAUCUGAAAAUUCACGCGCCAUGGGAAGUCUUGGCCACCUACGCAGAGGUGCUAAAGAUCAAGGUGCCAUUUAAGAAGACGGACAUCCCGAAAGGACGGGAAAUCUCACUGGCUUGGCUCACACAGCCCAUCCGUCUUCCCAGGAACAUCAUGAAACCCGAGCCUGAUUACUUCACGGCACCCUUUAACAAGAACAAAGUCGACUUCUUCCUGAUUGAGGACAGGGCGACCUUCUUCCCACCUUCCACCCGCAACAGAAUUGUCUAUUAUAUGCUUACACGAUGUCCAUACUACAACAAGGAUCGAGUAGAUAGAGAAAAAACUGGAAUUAAGAGACUCCUGAGCAAUGGCACCUACACAUCUGCCUACCCGCUCCAUGAUUGCCGCUAUUGGAAGAGAUCAAAGGAUGCACAAUGUGAGAGUGAGAGAUUUCACCUGUAUAAGUACUGGGCUCGGUUUCUCUGCUUUUAUAAAGAGCAACCUCUCAACCUCAUCAGGAAAUACUAUGGUGAGAAGAUUGGCAUCUACUUUGCUUGGCUGGGCUUCUACACAGAGAUGCUGUUCUUUGCUGCUGUCAUGGGUGUCAUCUGCUUUGUCUACGGUUUACUCAGCUAUGACGAUAACAUAACAAGUAAAGAGAUCUGUGACCCCAAUAUCGGUGGAACCAUUGUCAUGUGUCCUCUGUGUGAUAAGAAGUGCACCUACUGGAAACUCAACUCAACGUGUUUGUCAUCAUGGCAAUCCCAUCUGUUUGACAAUGAAGGAACAGUGUUCUUUGCCAUUUUCAUGGGAAUUUGGGUAACUCUAUUUCUGGAAUUAUGGAAGCGGAGGCAGGCGAGGCUGGAGUACGAGUGGGAUUUAGUGGAUUUUGAAGAGGAGCAGCAGCAGCUUCAGAUCAGACCCGAGUUUGAGUUGAAGUGCACCAGCCGCCGUCCAAAUCGUGUCACACAGGAAAUGGAGCCAUAUUUGCCUUUAACUAGCAAGUGUGCUCGCUUCUGCUUCUCUGGAGCUACAGUUCUGUUCUGGACAUUCCUGAUUGUGGCCUGUAUAAUGGGAGUGAUUGCAUACAGGUUAGCAGUUUAUGCUGCUUUUGCUAGCAUCAUGAAGGAUAGCACAACAAGCAAAAUCCAGCUUGUGGGAUCUCUUAUUACUCCACAGUUAGCCACCUCAGUUACAGCAUCUUGUAUCAAUUUUGUUAUCAUCCUCAUCCUCAACCUUCUCUACGAGUACGUGGCUAUACGGAUUACUGAUAUGGAAAUCCCCAAGACACAUCUGGAAUAUGAGAAUAAGCUGACCAUGAAGAUGUUCAUGUUCCAAUUUGUCAACUACUACUCCUCCUGCUUCUACGUUGCCUUCUUUAAAGGCAAGUUUGUGGGAUACCCAGGCAACUACACCUACAUGUUUGGGGAGUGGAGUAAACUGAGAAAUGAGGAGUGUGCUCCAGGGGGCUGUCUGAUAGAGCUCACCACUCAGCUAGUGAUUGUCAUGACAGGGAAACAACUGGUGGGAAACAUCCAGGAGGCUUUGCUACCGUUACUGAAGAACUGGUGGAUCAACAGGAAAGGUCGAAACCAUCCAGAGAGUCGGUGCAGCCGAUGGGAGCAGGACCAUGGCUUACAAACCUUUGGCCAGUUUGGUCUCUUCUACGAGUACCUAGAAAUGGUGAUCCAGUUUGGUUUCAUCACAUUAUUUGUGGCUUCAUUUCCACUUGCUCCGCUUCUCGCUCUGUUUAACAACAUCCUGGAGGUGCGGGUGGAUGCAUGGAAGUUCACCACACAGUUCCGCAGGCCUGUAGCGGCCAAGGCACGCAACAUCGGCGCCUGGCAGGAGAUCCUUAAUGUGGUGGCUAUUUUAUCUGUUGUCACAAAUGCCUUCAUCAUGGCAUUUACCUCUGACAUGAUCCCUCGUCUAGCCUUUCUGUAUGCCCACCACCCUGGUAAUCAGACCACUAUGAGAGGCUACAUUAACGACAGCCUUUCAGUGUAUGAAAUCUCCAAGCUCCACCCAAAAAACAAGCCAGAUAGUGAGGAGAACCCCCCCUGGUUCAAUGAGUCCAUCAUAACAACAUGCAGAUAUCGAGACUAUCGCUAUCCACCAGGCCACCCGAGGGAGUACUCACAAACCAUGCAGUUCUGGCAUAUUCUUGCAGCCAAGAUGGCCUUUAUCAUCAUCAUGGAGCAUGUGGUGUUCGUGGUGAAGUUCUUUGUGGCGUGGCUGAUCCCAGACGUGCCAUCAGACGUUAAAGACCGCGUGAAGCAUGAGCGCUACAUGGUACAGGAGUACCUGCACGACUACGAUGUAAAGAAGAUCACAAUGCAGCUCAGCCAGAGUCAGACCACAGACUUCUCUCACACUACAGAGAGCUGCUCACUGCUCCCUCCAGACAAGAUUGAAGUCCUGUCUGAAUGUAUCUAAGCCUGCAGGACCCUGAAGGUGUUCCAGCCAGUCAUGAGUAUCUGGAGUAUGAUCAACACCAGACCAUGCUGUACUGCAUGUGUAAUCAAAGAACUAACCUGCCUGUAGCCUUGUCUCUCUUGGAACCCAGAUAAACUCACUUUCUGUUAUAAAGAGGAAGAUGAAGCCAUGCCUAGAUCUUGAGGCUCCUCUGCUGUCCGUAUUUUAUCCUCAUUUGCAGUGCACUCUGACUCUUGUCUGCUUUAGCAUGCAGUGCUCUGUCAGUAUUUGUGACUGCAGUUAUGGGCAUGAUGUUUGGCAGAUUUCAUGAUUUGGACAGUGCUCUGAACUCACUCUCUGUUCAAUUUUUGCCUUGUAAAACAAUGGCAUGUAAAAUGUGAACUUUAGUAUGUUUAUAUGAUCAUUGAAGAAUUCCUUUAGGGACACAUAAGCUUGUAUUCUGUUUCAUUAGAUAUUAUUCUCCUCUUUCCUUUUAUCAGAUGCAACUGCCCGGGUGUGUUGCACUGUAUGGUUUUUAUUUUCUUUAGUUUCUUAAUUGGUCCCUCUGUUCAGAUGCAGAGUUCUGCUGGCUCAUCAUUUGUAAAACUACACUGCGUGUCUUUAAGAUCUUAAUUCCAAACACUUAUGCUGUAAUAACCACAGGUGGAGUCUGUCAUGUUCUCUGCACAAAGUUUACACUCUCUUAUGGAUUGUUAGUCUUCUUUCUUAACACAAUGUCCUACAGUAUGUGUUCGUGGUUAGAGUUGUGGAUCAAAUGGUGCAAUAUGUACAACAUUUACAUUAAUCAGUUCAUUUAACUGCCAAAUCUGUUCACACAGAGGAGAAAUAUACAGGGUUACACUAAAUAUUUAAUGAACACAUUAACCAUUUUCUGACAGGAGCCUGAUUUUUACUAAAGAGUUCUUUAGUAAACUGGAGUGAAAAUGUUGCACUACAAAGUAUUUGAAGAUGUACAUAAAGAUAGAUAGUGAGAUAUCUACCCUUAUAUAGAAAUACUAAAGUUCAUAUAUAUACACUGAUCCAAAGAGCUAAAAAUGCUUUUUUUUUUUGAGAGUACAGGAUUUAUUUUAGUGUUCCAGAAACUGAGAAUAUACAGGUUUCAUUCUUAAUUGCCACACUCUUUAUUACAUGUAAUGCUUUGAAACAUGAAGGAAAAAAAGCUAAGUGCUAUGUUUAAUCCUAAACAAAAAUGAAAAAGAGAAAAACCUUGAUAGACUCUAGUAUAAACGGAAGCAAUGAACACCCAAAUUCAGAGGUGUUUUGAACAUUAGAGCCAUUUCAUGUCUCCUUGUCUCGCAUCUAAUCAUGUAUACGUUUUGUUUGUGUUCUUGGCAGUUCAAGUUCAAGUCAUAAGCUUCGGAGACACUAAGAUCUUCUGCGGAAUUAAAGAGGCUUUGGGCUGUUGAGCGAUAUACUGUUACAUUUCUUAUCACAAUGCUAUACAAUUGUGUAGCACUUCCAUUAAUGUUAUUUAUUGGCUACAUAAUUUUGUUAAAAGUAUGUGUGUGAUAUUAAACUGUCUUUGCAUAUACCUGCA